AUGGAAACGACUCAAUUGCGCUUGAGAAAGGCACACCAGACAGAUAUCGCAGUAGCCGCCGAAAAUCUGAACCCUGUUGGGACACUUGAUAGAGCCCUCUUCGCGAUUAAUACUCUGGACCUCGAGCCAGAGAAGCUAAGGCCUAUCAACGCGACUUACACACCUGCGAAUACUUUUUGCCUCCCACUGUACGCCGCGACCAGCGUCGUUGAUCCAAAGGAGCCAGCACACGGGGUCGAAGAUCUGAACCGCCUGUUGAUCCACCCCAAGCCAGCCAGGACCCCUGAGGCUAUGUCUAGUGGACGAAGGAAGCACGAGACCUACCAGAAACGGCUGGUGGCAGUCCACCAACAUGGUGUUUCCUGUAUCACCCUCCUAAAAUGGCCACUCUGUCGCAUCCUCCUCAGUCGACGGUUCACCAGACUGCCUCCCUCUAAUACCCUCGAGCAGCCUUCCACUCACUUCCGCUCCUCACUCUUGGAACAGUCCCAUCCAGGCGUUGUCACUGCUGCUGCUAUUGCUGUUGCCUCCCCGGCUCGUCCUGCUCAAGCCCACGUUUACGUCAACCGCCAUACCGGCUCCGUCUCGAAACUCAACCAACGUUCGUCGAGCGGCAUCCUCGCCCUGGUCGUGGCCGGCCCGGACAGGACUCAGAGCGCCAUCGCCACCAUUUUGGAUCUCGCGAUCCCCCCCCAAGACACUCCAACGGACUUCAAGGAUCUCCUCUCUACCCUCGUCGUCAGUCUCUUGCCGCUGUCGGCCCACCACGUCCGACUGGCCCAUGCCGAGUACACGUUCAUCUCCGAGGAUGCCAUCAACAACCUCGGAUCUCUCAAGUUCUCCCAGUCGAAUCGCAUGCCAGAUCCCGAAGAUCCCUCCUGCAUCGUCACCACCGCGACAACCACCACCUUCUCCAUGGCCAAGGACAUGGCCCGACCCAUCUGCCAACGCUUCGUCGAUGCCCGUUUCGUUGAAUCGGCCGACGGCAAGUACCAGCAGGGAAUCACCGUGCUGGACAGGUUUUGCUCGAGGAAUGGUAUUCAGCAGAAGCAGAAGUCGAAACUGGUCAACCUGGGCGCAACCAAGCUCGUCCUGCUGGACAGGGACUCCCAGAGCGAUAUGCUUCCCCAUGACCAGGGCACCCUCGAAGUCAUUUUCCGCCGGUUCGUGGGUGCUGACGGCCGGAACACUAAGGCGACCGUCAAUGCAGCUGAUUCGGAUUCGUUGCAUGAUUACAAGAAUGAUCUCAUCGGUGUCACGAUGGCAGCCGAGCGCAAGGUCAACGGCAACAUGUAUCGAGAUACCUUUACUGGCAAGGCCACCGCCGACUGGUUGAUGGACUGCUGUAUGAUUGUUGACAAGCGAGAAACCGUCGAGAUCGCCACCCUCUUUGUCUAG